AUGAGGAAGGAGGUGGAAACAUCUGACAGACAUGUCAGGGAGCUCUUCAUCGGGCACCUCAUCGUCAUCGAUGUUUACAGCUUCUCCUCCUCCUUCGUAGCUGACCCAGUGGAUGUACUCAAGGCUCUGGACUUCCACAGCUCCCCGGAUGGCGUCCGUAAAGUCACGGGCCUCUGCGCUCACCGGAGAGGAUCUAAACCUGACAUAGCCUUCCGCAUAGGAAAACAGGCGCAGAUCAGCGCUCCCAGCAUGCAACUCUUCCCAGGAGUGUUCCCAGAGGACUUCUCAGUGAUGUUCACCAUCAAGCCCAAGGCAGGCAGCCAGUCUUUCCUGCUGUCUGUGUAUAACGAGAAGGGGGUCCAGCAACUGGGUGUGGAGGUGGGACGCUCCCCUGUCUUCCUGUAUGAAGACCAACAUGGGAAACCUUCCCCAGAGGAGUACCCACUGUUCAGAUCCAUCAACCUCGUUGACGGCAAAUGGCAUCGCGUCGCCAUCAGUGUGGAGAAGAAGAGCGUGACCAUCAUUGUGGAUUGUAAGAAGAAGCUGAGCAGGCCACUGAAGAGGAGCGACGGGGCAGCCAUCAACACUGACGGCAUCACCGUGUUCGGAACCAGGAUUCUGGACGAAGAGGUCUUUGAGGGUGAUCCGCUGGUGAUCCGCUGUGAGGAAGGGAAGUCACUAGCAGAAUCCUGGAACGCUGCCUUCAUGGAAUCCUCAGCCAAAGAGAACCAGGUGAAAACACCUAGAACACAUGCCUCUACAAUAGAACAGGGCCUGGAGGCACAAAACACUUCUGGUUGUUGA